UUUUGCAUUUGAAUUUAAUAAAGAAAUUUAAUUUACAAUAGACUUUCUCCAUAACGCAAUAUCCCAGCUUGCACAGCCUUGAGCUGUUUCACCCUCAAGCAAUAAAGGAACAGGGCUUUUUUCUCUAGCGUAUUUAUCUUAGUUUACUUCUGUCGAUUCAGUCCACUGCUCCUUCAUUCUAUUAUGAAAAAUCAUGCAGUUCAGGUCUCUUCUGGCUAUUCAGAAUCCGCAGUUGAAACUUUUGUUUGCGUUGAUUGGCUGUUCAAAUGUUCGUAAUUUAACGCUGCAGGCACUGCAACUAUUUCUUUUAUCAAAAAAUCUCUCAUGAGCUCAUUCUGGUGGGGCCAAAGUGCAUUUGACGAAUUAAUUGAAAAGGCGACGUCUGAGCUACUUCCUGCUGGCCAAGUAGACUUGGCACUUCAUUUAGAAAUCAGUGAUCAAAUUAGAAGUAAGAAAGUGACUCCUAAGGAAGCUGUUCGGUCACUUAAACAAAGACUAUCCCAUAAAAAUCCCAAUGUCAUAUUGGCUACUUUAUCGUUGGUAGAUACUUGCGUGAAAAAUAGUGGUAAUGGAUUUGUUAAAGAAGUAGCUACAAGAGAAUUCAUGGAAGAGGUAACACAUGUCUUGAAAACGGCAAGCAAUCAAGAUGUCAAACAUAAAGUGCUCUACUUGGUUCAAACUUGGGGAAUAGCUGCUAAAGGAAACCCAUCCCUAAGCUAUAUCACGGGAACAUACAGUUUGUUGAAAGCGGAAGGUUACGCAUUCCCUCCAGUUACGGAAAAGAUUGAUUCUAUCUUUUUAGAAACGGCAGUUGCACCAGAAUGGACUGAUUCUGAUGUGUGUGAACGAUGUAGAACACCUUUUACUUUAACAAAUAGAAAGCAUCACUGCCGAAACUGUGGGGGUACAUUUUGUCAACAAUGCUCUUCUAAAAAUGUUCCUUUACCACACUUGGGAAUUAACGAUAUAGUUCGUGUAUGCGAUGGAUGUUAUAUCAAGGUCAAGCUGUCCAAGAUUGCAGAUAAAGAAACCGUAUCUCAACUCUUAGGCACACCAACUACUACCUCGGCCUCUACUUCUUCUUCAUUAGCUCCAGUCUAUGCACCUUCAACUAGCCAAAAGACAACCGAAACAGCAAAGGAUGAUGAUCAAUUUGAAGAAGAUUUGAAGAAAGCUAUUGAAAUAUCAUUAAAAGAAUCUCAACAACAGCAACAGCAACAGAAGCCUGUGAGCUACAGCUCUAAUCAAAAGGAGGAAGAGCAGGAAGAUGCGGAUCUCGCUGCCGCUAUCGCCGCUUCCUUGGCUGAUAUGAAAAUCUCAUCAGCAUCCUCACCCUCUGUAGUAACUUCAAAAAUUACAAACGACAAGAGCAAUGAAUUAUCGUUGACAGAUAUGGAAAACAUUCAGUUAUUUUCAACAUUAAUGCAUCGAAUUCAAUCAAUAGGAGGAGACGUCUCAGGAGACCAGCAGGUGAAUCAGCUUUAUACGGAAAUUGGCUCUCUUCAGCCUAAACUAGUAACAACACUCAAUGAAACUUGCCAAAAACAUGAAAGGUUUGUUCAACUUCAUCAAAAGCUAAAUGAAGCUGUCAAAGCCUACGAUCGCCUGCUUCACCAGAGAUUAUCACAAGCUCACAGAAGCAGUGGUUACGAUUACUCAUACCCCGUACAAAACUACUAUUCUCCCGCUGCUAAUCAAUAUCCCCCUCCGACUACUACUGCUAUUGCUACUGCUACCUCAUCGCAACAAGCGUAUAUUCCCCCUGCUUCAAGUACCAACUUUAACUCGGCAAAUGCUACUGCUGCAACUUCACCUGUUAAUGCUUCUAAUUCUAGUGUUAUGUACCCUGAUCUUGGAACAGUAGCUACCUCCCCACCUAUUCAGUAUCCUGUUACACAGCAGCAACCUAUGCAGUACAGCCUUUCCUCCACUCAACUACAGUUCCCCCUUCCCACCUCUACAACCCACCCACAAGCGUACUAUCCACCUACUCCUGCUCAAAUAAAAGCACAAUAUCCUCCUGUUCAGCCACAGCAAUCUAUUCAAUAUCCCCAGCAGGCUAUUUCUCUAUCGCAACCUCAGCAAAUAACAUCACAACAACAACAACAACAACAGCAGCAGCAGCAGCAUUAUUCCCAACCACAACCACAGAAAAUAGUAGAGCCUUUGAAUACUAGUCAUUACUAUAACCAAUCUAUUCAGCCACCUCAGCAGAAUCAACAGCAUCAGCAACCUGUAGUUGAUGAAGCACCAUUGAUUGAACUUUGAGCGAACGACUUCAUUAGUUUGAAUACCAAGAGAUACUAAAAUAAAGAAUUUGUCCCUAUUUAACUUUCUUUUUUCACUCUGCCCUAGACUCUUUCUUUGUACUAACAGAAAAUAGC